CAUAUACUUUUUAUUCUACAGAAAAUGUUAGAUUACCUCAAGGAGAAAAAGGAUGCUGGGUUAUCCAGAGCUUGUCUGGACUGAUGCAGUCGUGCAGCGUCCUUGAUUUGAAUGCAUUUGAAAGACAGAACAAAGCAGAAGGCCUUGGGAUGGUAACAGAGGAAGGCACUCUCAUUGUCCGGGAAAGGGGGGAGAAGGUUCUACAGAAUGAUGAGUUCACACGAGACCUCUUCAGGUUCCUUCAGCUUCUGUGUGAAGGUCAUAACAACGACUUUCAGAAUUUUUCUCUGAACUCAGAUGGGCAACACAACCACAGUUAACAUCAUCAUUAGCACGGUGGAUUAUCUUCUUCGCCUCCAGG